AUACACGAUCGCGAUACACUAAACGCACGUUAACCUCGCGGCCUGGCUGGCUGGCUGGCUGUGGCUGCUCGCUCGUCGCCUCCGAAAAUGUUGACCACAAUGAGAGAGAACGUGAAUCUUAAAGCGUUGUAAGCUAAGCACGGCGCGCGACGCGAAAUAAAAUAAAAAAAGGAAUAAAGCAAUCUCUGUUCGUUCGCCAUCGACGACCGGCCCACAGAUCGUCGCCCUCUGUGCGAGGAUAAUACCUCUCGGUGGUGGAAGGAACGAUGAACAACUCGCCGCAGAAUACGGAGGUGGCCGGGCAACAACAGCGGACCGGCGUUGAGAACAGCGACGAGGAGGAAUGGAGUGGUGUCGUGGAAUGUGUAAUGUUAUUACAUCGACUCGUGUAUCGAAAGAAUGAUUUUUAUUUGCUGAAACAGCCUUCCUCGAGCAGUUUCUUGUUGCCCAUUUCGAGUUGUUUUUCGUGGUCAAGGAAAUUCUGUGGAUUGCACAACGCUGUUCUGGAGAGGUCAAAGUCAGAGCGGGUGACACGAGCGGAUGAAGACAGACGUCGGCGUACCAUCAUCGUCGAAAAGAAGAACGGCACGUACGGUUUCACGUUACAGAGCUAUGGAAUACAUUACAAAAGGGAGCAGGAAAUCGAGAUGGUCACCUACGUGGACUACGUGGAAUACGACGGGCCAGCGUUCAAAGCCGGUAUGCGCGAGGGUGACGUGAUACUUUCGAUAAACGGCCACGAAAUGGACAGGGCCGAUCAUAAGACGUUAGUCAAUUUCAUAAAGAACUGUGAUACUAGGAUGCGAAUGGUCGUGUCUUUCGAAGACUGCGUAAGAAAGGUGGAAUUGCAUAUGCGUUAUAUCGAAUUACAACGUGCCCUCCAAUCACGGCUCAGUGAAUUGGAGAGACUUUGCGAAAGGGAACGGUCUAUUCUUAUGGGUCGAUGGAAAACCCAUUCACUGCCAGCACGCAAAAGAACGCCUAACAGUGUAAUUACCAGCAAUCCAAAUCAACCAUCACCGUCGUCCAGUUUCAAUUCUUCCACGAUUCAGUGUUGCAGACCGGCUACGUCCACGGAACAUCUGUUGCUCUAUAACGUGUUUGCCGAUGGACGACCGUGCUUGGUUCCUCGGAACGCUGCCUGCUUAGUAGCGAUAGGACCUCCUCGUUCUCGAAGCGACCAUCAUCAUUUUUUGUCGAAGAUGUCCAGCGAAUCAGGGGUGACCACCUCGUCGCGGCACAGUUAUCAUCAAGCGAACGGGAUGAACAGCACGCCAGCCAAGUCGAAAUUGCACAAAUCUUGUCAGCAACAGCAGCAACAGUCGAAUACGAGCAGUGAUCCGAAUCCUCUUCAUCCCCCGCCGCAAAACAGCCUAUGCGUUGCUUGCAUCUCCAGCGCAAAUCGUCGUAGAGAACACUCGGAUAGCGGUAGCUUAGACGCGUACGAUUUAGCCAGUCCGUGCUGUGAUCCGAAUUGUGUACCCAGUCGUAGACGCAGAGAGAAACAGAGGAGGGCUAGAAACGAACAGAAUCACCAUCAACAGCAACAGCAACAGCAGCAACAAUCACAGGUACAGCAUCAUCAUGUGCAACGAGAACAAUCGCAACAACAGCAACAACAACAACAACAACAACAACAACACGGUACGCACAAUUGCUCGCGCACAUCGGGACACAGUUUGCAUUCCAUUACCAGCAGCGACGUAUCAACUGCCGCCGAUAGCGUCGCUUCCUGCUCGACCAGCCUAAGUACGGACACACUUUAUUGGGAUCCAAGUGUGCAUCAACGACCACCACCGUGCCUUCAGUACGCCAAGCCAAAGUCCUGGGACAAUCUGACUACAAAGGCGUUCGGAGGCUAUGGCUUCGGAUACGGUUAUUUAGACACGGCUACCAUAAAAACCCACAGCGCCGAGAGGCCCGGCAAAGGUGCACACGGUCGUGCCAAAACACCGACCGGUACCGUUCAGAGAAGAACGAGCAGUAGUACCACUUAUUCUGGAAGUUCGAGCAGACAUUUUCAACCGACUAAGUCUACCGAAAGUUUACUGAUACCACCGCCGUAUCAAAGCGAAUUAGACGCCAGUUUAAGCUGCGAGUGCCUGGACGGACCAGCCCCACGGUGCAUACCGAUUAUUCAAAUGGAAAAGCACAAUCGACAGGAUGAGGGUAGCUAUAUUAUUAAUACGCACACUCAAGUUCGACAUCGCCGGUCUAGCCAUUCCGAUGGGAAAUUAAGGGCUCUAAAUAAUUCCGAAGUGACGCGGCUGUAAGUUACGUUUCUCCUUGAAAAUUCAUACCCUAAAUAAAACGUAAUUACAGUAUCAGAUUCCAGACGUGCGUCGGAUCUAUUUGCAUUUAAACCUUUGUAUUCAGCUUUAUAUCAUGGCAAUUAGUACUGUAUUCGCCGAACAAUUGAAGAAUAGAUCACCAUUUUUGAAACUUUUUCGAACGUGUAUAAUAUUGAUUAUGGUGUUUAGUUAAUUGAAUUAUGUUAGAUUAAUAAAUGACAUUUUCUUUC